UCUAUAUUUCUUGAGACUUAUUUCAACACUACGUUGACCCGUCCUUUUUUUCAGCUCCGAAUUAUCACCUCCCGUUUUUAGACAUAGCCCGAUCCUCCCGCCGCGGGAAUAUGUGCGUAGCUACGGCACCGCCCGCUCGUACAUUGAUUACACUGAUUAUAUUACCCAGUACCUACUUUAGUUACCAUAAUUACCUCGAUUACCUCGACUACCUUCUAUGUAUGACUGACCUACCGAUUGACGAACAAGGGGUUAUAGGUUACACUUACGUACUACUUAGGCCGUGGAUCUCAAUCGGAAGUUUCCUUAUUCUGGUUGGGCAAAGCAGUUCUGACACGCGGCUUCCAGGGAAGAUCCAUAAGAUGAUGAUUAUGAUGUUUGUACAAUACGUAGUUACUGUAGUAUGUAUGUACGUCCACGUAUCUGUACGUAUGGAUACCUAUGUAUGUAUGUAGGUAUGAUGGCGUAUCCAUGGAUGCAGAAGCGGGAGCCC